CAUGGCGGCAGCGGCGGCGGAGGCUAAGGUCCCAGUGGGAAGACAGAGGAGGGACGGCCGGGCCCAAGGGCCCGGCCGGGGCCGUAUCUUGUGCUGACUGAAAGCGUGGCCGGGAUUAGGUCCGGGACCAGAAUCGGGCCUGGGUCUGUGCCGGCCUGACCGGCCAUGGGGGAUCCCGGUGGCGGUGGCGGCGGCCGGGUCUUGUGCCUGCGGCGGGUGGGGAUGAGUGCCGAGUGGCUGCUGCUGGAGGAUCGCAGCGAGGUGACAGUUGGUCGAGGAUCUGAUGUCACAUACCAGCUGCUUUCUAAAAUUUGUCCAUUGAUGAUUUCUAGAAACCAUUGUGUUUUCAAGCAGAAUGCUGAGGGCCAGUGGACAAUGAUGGACAACAAGAGUCUGAAUGGCGUUUGGCUGAACAAGGAACGCCUCGAACCUUUAAAGGCCUAUCCUAUCAAGGAGGGAGACCGAAUCCAGCUUGGAGUUCCACUAGAAAAUAAGGAGAAUGCAGAAUAUGAAUAUGAAGUAAUAGAAGAAGACUGGGAAAAGAUUCACCUAUGUCUUGCCCUGAGGAAUGAUAGGCCAGUAGUUAGGUGCUCAAGAACCAAAAGGAAAUGUAGUUUAGAGGAAUCGGAUAGCCCUGGAGCAGAGGGCUCAUCAGACUCCAGAGCCAAAGUUAUUAAAGUGACCCAUGACUAUGAGCAGUCAGGAAAGUCCUGUGGAAGAGCCGAAAUGGCCAAACACACCCCUAAAAACAUGGACCGAAAAUUGGCUUUCCCUGGACCAAGUGGGGAGAGAGUAGCAGAGGAUGACCUUCCUGUUUCAGAAAAAGCAACAGUUCUAUGGAAUAAGGAGCACAAAGGCCCAAGCUUAUCACAGUCCCAGAACAGCUUGGACAUGCUUAAGAAGACAAUGGCCAGGAUUCUCAAGCUGAAGGUGAAAGUUCAAGAGAAGCAGGUGGCUGUUCUGAGUGUGAAGCAGCAGAGCCACAAGGGGGCUCAGAAGGAGAUUGUGAAGAUGGAGGAGGAGCUCCAGGAGUUACAAGAUCAGCUAUUUACAGAGCAGGUCCAGCAGCAGCAGAGAGUGGAGCAGCUGGAGAAAAAUUUCGAGGAGAAGGAGCAACACUUAGAGGGUUUGGAGAAACAGCAUGGGGAAAAGGACCUGAAGGAGCAGCUGGCACAGGCCCUGCAGGAGCAUCACAUUCUCAUGGAAGAGUUAAGUCGGAGCAAGAAGGACUUUGAAGCAAUUAUUCAAGCCAAGAAUAAAGAGCUGGAGCAGACCAAGGAAGAGAAAGAGAAAGUGAGAGCACAGAAGGAAGAGGUUCUAAACCAGAUGAAUGAUGUCCUAGAGAAUGAACUUCAAUGCAUCAUUUGCUCGGAACAUUUCAUUGAGGCUGUCACCUUGAACUGUGCCCACAGUUUUUGCUCCUACUGCAUUGAUGAGUGGAUGAAGAGAAAAGUGGAAUGCCCCAUCUGUAGGCAAGAUAUUGAAUCUAAAACUCGCUCCCUCGUGCUGGAUAACUGCAUCAACAAGAUGGUUGAGAAACUGAACUCUGAAAUGAAAGAGCGACGAGAAAUUCUGAUUAAUGAGAGAAGAGCAAAGAGCCAACCCUGAAGACCAAGCUCCCUGCAGUAUUUGUGACUGGGCUACAAGGAGAAUUCCACGUGGAUGCAGAGGGACAUUGUUCAGAAGUAACUCAUUCCUGCCUUUGGAACAGAGACCUGAGCAUGGUGCACUGAGCUCCCGAUUUGGUCCACUCCUGCCUCCAUUACUGUCUGCAGCAUCAUUUUGUUUACUACCAGAGCUGAUCCCCCAGUUUGGGAUAUUGUUUCCACUUGUCGCUUUGUCAAAGAUGCUUUAUCACAAGUACUUCAUUACACAUCAAAUGGGGUUUUCAGGGCGGGGUUUUUUUCCCCCAUUUUAUCUUUAAAGCAUCCACAUUGGACUUUUUGAGGAAGCUGUGAAUUAUCCCAACUGCUCUGGGACAGCUAAGGUAUCUUGGUGUAGGACGAAGAUAGAUAGACCUCUCUUGGGGGACUUCAGAGUCCCCUCACAAACAAGAUGUCAUUUCCUAGUAAUAAAAUGUAUCAGCUGCUCAGCUGGGCUCUGGCGUGUUUCCCUUACCUUCCCUUUUAGCUCCAAGAGCUUCACAGGCAACACUGGUAGCUCAUUGACUGCAGUAAAGCAGCUGUAUCCAGGAGCCGACCAUACACACCCCAAAUAAACCUCAGUCAGGGAGGCCAAAUCAGAUCUUGCUGCCUCAGAGCAGAUGUGCUCUGUUAAGGCCUCAUAGAAUCAUAUUUUCCUUUCUGCGCCAAUAUUUCUGGACCCGUUCUGUUCCACCACAGUCCUAAAGUGGGGUUGUCUUCUGUCAGCCUAUGGCUGGAGUUGCCAACACAUUCUACCAAAUGUCCUAGAAAUAUGAUCUGCCUUCUUAAGAACGCUGUGUAUAUGUAUGUAUAUGUAUUUAAUUAAAACUUAGUUUUUUAUGUGA